AUGGCAUACUCUCCACUUAUUCCUCUUGACGAUCUUCAUCAUCGCGAAUGGCACAAUUUAACUUCAACAACUGAAGAAUGUGUUCAAUUAUGUCAACAAAUUGGACUACUACAUAUUUAUCCUACAACACCAUGCCCAAAAAAUCACGAUAAUUGGUAUUUAGGAGCGUGUGCUACAGCAGCUGACAAAUUUAAAUGGCGUUGUCGAACAUGUAAGUCUUCUCGUUCUUUACGUGAUGGUACUUUUUUUUCACAGAGUCGACUUCAAAUACAACAAAUUCUCGAUUUAAUGAUGUACUGGUCUCAAGGUGUCGAUUCUCACAAAUUUAUUCGCCGGCACUGCCAAAUUUUAAGCGACACUUCUAUCGUCGAUUGGAAAAACUUCAUGCGAGAUCUAUGCGUCGAAUAUUUUAUUCAAAAUUCGGCUGUUAUUGGAGGUCCAGUACACGUGGUUGAAAUCGACGAAAGUGCAUGGGUGAAGCGCAAAUACAAUCGAGGUAGACAAGUUGAUAUUCAAUGGGUUUUUGGAGGGAUCGAUCGGGAUACUCGAGAAUGUUUUCUUGUACUUGUAGCUCAACGAGACACACCGCAACUCUGCUGCCACUUAUUCAUGAAUACAUAUUACCUGGUACGACGAUUUACAGCGAUCAAUGGGCUGCCUACAAUGCAAUAG